AAGCACACGAAGAAAUAAAGAAGAGAGUCCAUACCUUUAUUAAACAGCCAAUAGAUAUCUAAUACCAAUUGGAUCCGCCUUUGUUUCAACUGGGUUUCGAUCAUUACAAUCAAUCACUACUAGUCUACUGUUAUUUCAAUUUCCAAUUCUCAAGAGUUUCAACUUUUGUUUGUUUCAAGGUUUAAACCUCGAGUUGGUUUUGAUUUUCUCAUUACCAACGAAAUGAUUGAAUUCCGUAGUAUUUUUUUUUUUAAUCUAUUAAAUUAUCUUUGUCUCAUUUCCUAUAUUUAAAUAAUUUUCAGUCGUCCUAUCUUUGCCAAAAAAAAAAAAGGCAAAAACAGGAGUGUUUUGAGGAGGUUUUGGAGGCCAUCGCUGCUGUAAUUCCUUCUCACAAAUGGAUUCAAUGAAGCGUAAAAGAGAGUCAUCACCAUCACCAUCUUCUUCUUCAACGCGUCAGCCAAAAUAUGAUGUAUUUCUUAGUUUUAGGGGUGAGGACACCCGAAAUAAUUUUACUGACCACUUGUAUGUUGCUUUGAAAGGAAAGGGGGUUAUUACUUUCAGAGAUGAAGAAGAACUCAAGAAAGGAAAAUGUAUUUCUGAGCUCUUCAAAGCAAUUGAAGAAUCACAGUUUGCUAUCAUCAUUCUCUCAAAAAAUUAUGCAUCUUCAACGUGGUGCUUGAAUGAGCUUGUCAAGAUUAUCAAAUGCAUGAAAGAAACGAAACUAAUAGUUUUGCCAGUUUUUUAUGAUGUGGAACCGUUUGAUGUACGGAAACAAACGGGAACUUUUGAACAAGCCUUUAUUAAUCACCAGAAACGCUCUGAGGAUAACAUAAAGAAUGUGGAAACAUGGAGAACUGCUCUAAGAGAAGUGGCUGAUAUCUCCGGUUGGCAUCUACAAAAUAGGCAUGAGUCUGAAAUUAUCCAACACAUUGUGAAAGGAAUUACGGAGAAAUUAAGUUCUAAAUCCUCAAGCAUUAACAAAAAUUUGGUAGGAAUAAAAUCUAUGGUGGCAGAAUUGAUCCCAUUGUAUUUAGGUUUCGGGAACGAUAUUUACAUGAUGGGGAUUUGUGGUAUGGGGGGUCUGGGAAAAACAACUCUUGCUAGUGCUAUAUAUUACGAGUAUUUUGAUCAUUUUGAAGGUUCUAGUUUUAUUGCCAAUGUUAGGGAAAGAUCAGAAAAAGGUGAACUGCAUGAAUUACAACAACAAUUGCUUGAUGAAAUUUUGGAGGGAAGUAAUAUAAAGAUCUACAAUGUUCAAGUAGGAGUUAAAAAAAUCAAGAGUAGUGGGUUACGUCAUAAAAAAGUUCUACUUGUCCUAGAUGAUGUUAAUCACAAGGACCAAUUAGAAAAAUUGGCUGGAGUGCACGAUUGGUUUGGAUUAGGUAGUUGGAUCAUCAUAACUACUAGAGAUGAACAUGUGUUAGUCAAUCUUGGAGUGCUUAAAAUAUAUAAGCCUAAUGGAUUAGAUGAUGAUGAUGCUUCAAAACUUUUUUGUUUGAAAGCCUUCAAAAAGGAGCAACCCGAAGAAGGUUAUAUGCAGCUCUCCCAGAAAGUUGUAGAAUAUGCUAGUGGCCUUCCAUUAGCUCUUGUUACUUUGGGUUCCUUUUUGGUUGGAAGAACAGUUGAAGAGUGGCAAAGUGCAUUGGACAGUUUUAAAAAUAUUAAAGGGGAUAUACAUGAUAUACUUAAAAUAAGUUAUGAUGGACUAGAGGAAAUGUGGAAGGAGAUUUUCUUAGAUAUUGCAUGUUUCUUUAGAGGGCAAAAGAAAGAUAAAGUAAUACAAAUAUUAGAGAAUUGUGGUUUUGAUGCAAGAAUUGGUGUAAGUGUUCUUGUGGAAAGAUCUCUCCUAACGGUGGAUUACCAAGGACGUUUUGGGAUGCAUGAUCUACUAUCAGAAAUGGGUCAAAAAAUUAUUCGUUUUGAAUCAGGUGGAAAGCUUGGAAGGCAAAGCCGGUUGUGGCUUGUUGAGGACUUGCUUCAUGUAUUGGAGAACGAUAUGGCAACAGAAGCAAUUCAAGCCAUAGUUGUCGAAGUUGGGGAUGAGUAUUUUGAAGAAUUUUCUGUAGGGUUUUCAAAGAUGUCUAAUCUUAGAUUGCUGAUAAUUGAUAAAGAGAGCAUUCCUAAUGUCCAAGGACAUCUUGCUCUUCCUAAUAACUUAAGAUAUCUUUCGUGGAGGGACUGUCGUUUUAAAAGUUUGGCCUCCAGUCACAAACGAAUGGCGUUUGUUCAACUUGACUUGCAAUUUAGCAAAUUUGAAUAUCUUUGGAAAGGAGUAAUGCAUUCAGUCAACUUAAAGUUCAUUGAUCUUCGUUAUUCCUACAACCUUAUUAGGACACCUGACUUUUCAGGUGUUCCGAUACUUGAGGAAUUAAACCUUUGUUGGUGCCAUCGAUUGGUUGAGAUCCACCCAUCUAUUGGACAACUCAGCAAGCUUAGGUAUUUACAUCUGAAAGGCUGCUUUUCUCUUACCGAUCUUCCCAGUAUGUCUGCUGAAAUGCAGUCCCUUACAGUUCUUAAUCUCUAUUGUUGCUACAAAAUCAGCUCGUUUCCAAAAUUUACUGGAAUUAUGAAAAGCCUAUCGGAACUCAAUUUGGGUGGAACUGCUAUUAAGGAAGUACCAUCCUCAUCAAUCGAGUGUUUGACUACCCUUACUUUAUUAAAUCUAAGUUUCUGCCUCAAUCUCAAAUGUCUUCCAAGCAACAUGGAUAAUUUGAGGUCUCUUGAAACACUCUCUCUUUCCCGUUGCAAAAAACUAAAAUCUUUGCCAAGGCUUCCAUCAACUGUAAGAAAAAUAAAUGCUAAAGCUUGUUCUUCCCUAAAAUCUUUGCCAAGGCUUCCAUCAACUUUACGAUAUAUAAGUGUUCAAAAUUGUUCUUCCCUAAAAUGGAUACCGGCACGGGUCAAACUGAGUAUCUGGUCACAACCUCUCUCCCGAUGGCUUUCGUAUGAUGGGAGCGGCAGUCGAGUGGGAUCUACAAUAUUGUUCUAUUUCCUACAGGGACUCCUUUGUCGUAAAGCCGUUUUGGAUGGAUUUAUUAUUCCGUCAUGUUUUGCUGAAAUAGAGAGGAAUUCAAUAAGCAUAGAGCUGCCUUCAAAUUGGUAUAAUAGUAAAUGGAUAGGAUUCGCUCUCUGGGCAUCACUAUCAGAUUUUAUAUCGAGGGCAUCAGAUUAUACAGACUUUGAAGAUGGUAUUAGAGCUCGUGUGAUAGCCCUUGUUGAUAUGCCUCAGAAUCACUGUGCCUUUGAACUCUUUACUACAUGGAUACAUUGUGGGGUCAGUAUUUGCCUAUUGUAUUUGUCUAGUGAUGAUUGGUUUGCUACUGUUGGGAAUAUUGAAUGCAGUCAGAUUAAGGUUAUAUUUGAGACCAAUAAAAGAACCCUAUAUAUGAGGGAAUGUGGGGUCAGUUUGAUAUACAAGCAAGAUGUGGAAGAUUUCAACCAAACAAAUGCACAAUGUUUGAUAGAGAGAUUUGGGAAAGUAUCCAUUUAUAAAUUAACUGUAAGUCAAGUCAAUUUUCUUUCUUCUUUUGGCUCACCAUGCGCAAGCAUAUAUAUUCUUCAUAAUCAUUGUUGUCAUGCUUUCCGAAAUAGCUGGUGAUGAUGAUGAUGAUGAUGUACAUGUGGUUGAUCGAUGAUGAUGAUGAUGAUGUACAUAUAGUCCGUGAUGAUGUACUUAUAUUUGGUGAUGAUGAUUUUGAUAAUGAUGAUAUAUAGAGUUGGUGAUGAUAAUGAUUGACAUGAUUGCAAAAGAUGACACCUAAGUGCGGUUUGUACUUUGAAUAUCUUUUUUUCAUUGGAUGAAUUUCAAUCAAGGCUUAUGCAAUUAGAUGUGCACAUGCAUUUCAAUCAGCCUGACCAUGUUUUAAUCAAUUUGUAUUUGGUUCAUUUACAAUGAUUUGGAAACUUGUUCAAGUGGCAUAUUUGUGCAUCUUGUUUCAAAAUGAAAAUGGAGUUGCAGAUCUACUUUUAUAGGGGAUCUAGCCACUAGGUAUAGACAGAUAAUGAGUUAUAAGGUUUUACUAAUAGUAUUUCUUGUUGGAUGAAUUUCAAGUGAGUUUAGUGCCAUUGGAUUGCAUGCAAGCAUUACUUCAGUGUGUGGGAUGGCUGGUGCAUGAAGGGCUUUAUAUAGACAAGCCAAUGGGGCAGAGCUAUUCCUUCUGCGUAUGGGAGUUCUUUCGCUUCGCUGUUCCUACUGCUGGAAUGGUUUGCUUGAAAAUUACUUAUUUGUGCUACUAGCCUACUACAUACCACAUGCAUUUGGAGCCACAGCAGAGUUUGCUCUAAACGUGUUUCCUUACACCUGAACUUAUCUAAGCAUGGUAUACAAUUGUUUUGAAAAAGAAUGCAUCAAACACUUUGUAGCACUCAGGCUUCAAAUGAGUUGGGAGGUGGGAAUCCACAAGCAGCUAAAAUGACUUUCAAGAUUGUAAUAGUUCUUGUUGCAGAGAUGGUUAUCAUAGGCAUGAUUCUCUUCUUUUGCCACUAUGUUUUGGGCUAUGCCUUCAGCAGUGAGAAGGAAGUUUUGGAUCAUGAUUUGUCUCUCAAUAAUCAUGGAUGGCUUACUAGCAGUACUUUCAGGGGUUGCUACUUGCUAGAGGAAGUGGCUGGUACCAUAUAGGAGCCUAUGUCAAUCUUGGGGCAUGUAAUCUGGUUGGGGUUCCAUUAGUCGUCGUUUUGGCCUUUACUGUACACUAAAGAGGGAAAGGCCUGUAGAUUGGACUAUUGACAUUGUGUACUGUACAAGCAUUUCUAUUUCUACUUGCUCUUAAAACAAGUUUCACAAAUUGGCAAAAACAAUUUACUAUUGCUAAGAAAAAAAUCUCUCUUUCUUUAUAAUUGGUUUUUCUCACACCAAAACCUACAAUUCAUGUUCAACUUGAUCAUAUAAUAUGAAAAUUUGGAAUCUUAUAAUU